CCCCUCCCCACCCACCUCACGAGGUGUUGGCCAAUCGCCCCAGCGGGCAUAAAGUGGCUGCCAGUCUGCAGGACUCCCAGCUUGGAGGUAUCACCCCGGGCAGGCACAGGCCAGCGUGCAGGCGCCCAGCAUGCGGGCACAACUCACACGGAGGACGCUGUUCAGUCUGGUCCUUGGACUCCUGCUCCUGAGCCCAGCAGCAGAGGCGGCAGCGGCCACGUGCAGAUGCUCCACCUCUUACGGGCAGCUCCUCGGCCAGCUCCGGAGCCAGGCGGACCUGAUGAAGGACACCAGCCGCCUCCUGGACCCCUUUAUCCGCUCCCAAGGCCUGGACACACCUGUCUUGAGAGGCUCCUGCAAGGAAUGCUCUAGGGCCUUCCCCAGUGAGGAUGCCCUGCGGAGGCUGAGCAGGCAAGGUUUCCUGCGGACUGUCAGUGCCACCCUGAACGAUGUCCUGCAGAGACUGGCCGCUUUGCAGCAGCAUCUCUUGAAGGGCAAGAACGUGCCCGAGAUGCAGGUGGCCACGCGGAACAUCCAGGGCGUCAGGAACAACAUCUACUGCAUGUUGGAGCUACUCACUAACUGCUCGGAGACGCCAGAGCCCCUGCUGCCUGGCACAGCGGCCACACUGACGCCCCCUACCCCCAGCUUCUGGUUCAGGCUGGAGGGCUGCCAGUUCCUGUGCGGCUACCACAGCUUCAUGGGCUCUGUGGGGCAGGUCUUUGGGGAGUGGGGGGACAGUCUGAGUGGAAACCGGACACACAGCCCCCGCCGCCGGGCCCUGUAUAAGGGGGCCCGCAGGGCCAGGCCCUCCAGAAGGGUCAAGAGACCUGUGCCCAGGGGGCAGCUGUUCCGGUAGCUCAAGCAGCAACCCCUGCAGGUGCUCGCUCUACAGACGUGAGAAGCCAGCAGGCGCUCUCCGGAUGUGAAGAUCUGUGAAAGACGCUGCGUUCCCUCCCGGUUUUCCAGAUCUGCGCCCUCACCACUCAGAAGUGCACUUUAAAAAAGUGGAGGUGCUCGGGCCCUUUCUACCUCUGCUGGGCUAAGGGGAGAGUCAGGCUGCAGGGCUCCCAGCCCGAGUUUCCCAGUCCUGGUGGGGCGGCCAGGUCAGGCCAUGCAGGGCCGACUUUCCAUUGAUUCAGGGGUCUGAUGACACAAGCUGACUCACGGCCGGCCGACUGCCCCCUCAGACUCCCUGGAGGCCCUUCCCUCUCAUGACUUGCGGGGCUCUUGCCCCCAGACUUCCUCCUUUCUGGUGGCAGGGUUCCAAGGGGAGGUCAGGGCCUGAGCUGGCCUCCUACGCCUCAUCGCCGCUCAGGCCGGACACCUGGACAUCUGAGUGAUCUCACUUCAGGCAGCGACGGCAGGGCUCUGCGGGUCUCUGCUCGGCUCUGUCCCUUAUUCACUAAGUGACCUCAGGCAGAGCACUUUACCUCUCAGGACCCAGUUUUCUCUCUGGGAAGCCAGGAAUUUGGACACUGUGUGAAGGCUCCCUCUGCCUGGCAGUUUCUGGGACUCUGUGAUAUAAGAUGGACAGCAAAUUCUCUGAAAAUCAGGACGUACGCUGCAAAUAGGAGACCUCUCAGCUCCGGACGCGCCAGUCUCGAUUACGCACAUCUGGCUGCUCCCUCUGGUGGCGGAUUGUGGAAUUUUCUCACGUUGAAACCGCGGCCUCGGAAGAGGGUCCCAGAAGCCCCUGGGCUGAUUCGUUGU